CGCCAUCUUGACUCAUCUGUGGGUCUACAGCCACCGAAGCUACCAUCAACCGGGGUCUGCAGCGCAACAAAAUGAAAGCUGUGGAAUAAUUUCUGUCUGCUUUCUGUCUCAAACCCACGGGGACAGUGUGUCGGACAUAUUCCUGCUUAGUCAUCCCCACCUCCGGAGGGACUCUGUGGGAUAAACCGCCAGCUUAUCGGGCCCCGUCGUCGUGGCCCAGCAGGACUCGAGUGAAGUUGGGAGCCAAACUUCUGCUUCCUCCAGCUGCUGUCCGCAGGGCCCGGGGCUCCUGUCACCGGCCCUGUGGAUGAGGAAGUGAGUCGGGAUUAAAUCAGCCCGCAGGAGAAGGGAGUCCCUUUGAUGGGAGAGUCCUCCGUCCGAACCUGCUGGGUCAGUCGCCGCGCCAUGAUGGAUGAGCAGGAGGCCCUGAACUCCAUCAUGCAGGACUUGGCUGAGCUGCACCGCUCCAGCCGUCCUGCGGCCUUCCUGUCGGAGUUGGGGAAACCCAAAGCCUCGUCGCCCAAGAACCAGAACGACGUGAGGGUGAAGUUCGAGUUCAAAGGAGAGAAGAGGAUCCUGCAGUUUCCUCGGCCGCUGAAGCUGGAGGACCUGCAGGCCAAAGCCAGGGUGGCCUUUGGUCAGACCUUGGACCUYCACUACACCAACAACGAGCUGGUGAUCCCGCUGACGACGCAGGACGACCUGGACAAGGCGGUGGAGCUGCUGGACCGCAGCGUUCACAUGAAGAGCCUGAAGAUCCUGCUGGUGCUGCAGAGCGCUUCGUCCAACAUGGACCUCCUGCCGUCCCACGAGGAGCUGGACAACACGGGCUUCCGGGCUGGCUCCCAUUCAACAGACCGCAGCUCACCUCCUCCGGGGUACAUUCCCGAUGCGCUCCAGCAGGUGGCGAGGAACGGCUCCUUCACCAGCAUCAACAGCGAGGGGGAGUUCAUCCCAGAGAGCAUGGACCAGAUGUUGGACCCGUUGUCGAUGAGCAGUCCGGAGAACUCUGCGUCUGGAAGCUGUCCGUCGUUGGACAGCCCGCUGGACAGUGAUUACCCCAAAUCCAGGAUGCCUCGAGCGCAGAGUUACCCCGACAACCACCAGGAUUUUCCAGCAGCGCCGCACUUUGACCUCAGCAGUUASAAAAUAUUGUCAGGCUCCAUCAAGGACCAGCUGAAGGCGUACGGCGCGCUGACGGAGAACGUGACACGGCGCUACACGCGGCAGAUCCUGGAAGGCGUGUCCUACCUGCACAGCAACAUGAUCGUCCACAGGGACAUCAAAGGCGCCAACAUCCUGCGGGACUCGGUGGGCAACGUGAAGCUGGGCGACUUUGGCGCCAGCCGGCGGCUGCAGACCAUCUGCCUGUCGGGGACGGGCAUCAAGUCGGUGACGGGAACGCCGUACUGGAUGAGUCCGGAAGUCAUCAGUGGCGAGGGCUACGGCCGGAAGGCCGACAUCUGGAGCGUGGGAUGCACCGUGGUGGAGAUGCUGACCCAGCGGCCGCCCUGGGCCGAGUUUGAGGCCAUGGCGGCCAUCUUUAARAUCGCCACCCAGCCCACCAACCCGGUGCUGCCGCCGCACGUGUCGGACCAUUGCAGGGAGUUCCUGCGGCGGAUCUUCGUGGAAACUAAGCACCGUCCGUCUGCGGACGAGCUGCUGCGGCACUUCUUCGUACAUUGAAGCCCCGCCCACCUGCAGAGCAGCCAAUAAGGCCUUAGCUGAGGGGCGGGGCUGCCUCUGGCCACGCCUCUUCUCCGGAGCAGACGGACCCGAUGUUUGGCUUCAGCACCUUAACCUGUCAGAGGCUGGUACGUGUUCUGGACCCGACCCGACCCAGAAUGUAAUCCACUCCAGAACCCAGAGCGACGACCCAACGAAACACUCCCAGAAACUUCCUCUUCAGUCGGCACCGUGUGCCUUUUAUGGUUCUAACGGCACCGGACGACCCGGUACGACCCAAUGCGACCUGGUCCAGCCUGGUACGGCCCAGUCCAGAGGUUCUGGCCUCCUGGAUGAACCACCUUCACUCCGAACCCAACCCCAGCUGACCCAGUUCAGCCGGUGCCAUCUGUUUAURCCUUUUCUGCAGCUGAAACCCAACAGGAUCUCAGCCGGGCUCACUGCGUCCGAGCAGAACCGACUGGUUCUGAUCUGUUCUGCAGCCACUUACCACCUCUUGAAGAGUCAGCUUCCUGUUCCCACAAAACUAAAAGCAUCAGAGUUGGGAUGCUUUGAAAUUGACYGCUGACGGCGGUCACAUGUUCUGAAGGUUUCUGAGCAGCUAAUCGGACGCUGAGCUGGGGGGCGGGGCUUCCUAAAGGUGUAGAUUCCACUGGCAGGUUGUGUUUACGCUGCAGAACCGGCCGCAGCUCGGUCUGGAUGUGUUGCAGAGUCUCCUGGUGGCAGCAGGAAGUGGAUCAGUAAAGCUCUUCUAGCGAAUUGCUCUAAGAUGUGGCUGC